AAAUUAUUUUCCCCUUCUACCAUUUCCGGUCGCUGCCCUCUCCGAUGACUUCCUUCCGCCGCCCUUCCUCUGCCGACGACGACAGCUGACAACCGACCUUCAGUUCUCUCAGCACAAAAGUUUUAUCAUUCCACAAGGAUCAGACCAUUUCCUCGUCUCACCUUCGUCGAUCUCCUCCAUCUCUCAGCCGUCGCUGCCUCUGCCGACGCCGUGAACCGCCGCGACCUGCAGGAGACGCCACCGCCGACGCCGCCAUUCCGUCUCGACCUGCCGCCGACCCUGCUAGCCUCCACCACCGCUAAUGGAUAGAACACCAGUUAGCUACACAGAAGUGCCAGUGGGAAAGAGCCUCAAGUCUUUGGAUUUUGAGGAUGAUUUGCUGAGGGAGGCCUAAGAUGUUGGGUAGCACUAAGCUGAACUGGACUCUGUUUGUUGAUGGAUAUGGAAAGGAUGGGAAGCGAAUUUAUGAUCUUGUCAAGGGAAAUACUUGCCAUCAGUGCAGGUUUUCAGAAGCUCAUGAGUUUGACAAACCUUAUGAUGCAAAGGCCUUGCACUUGAUGAAUGCUUGCAGUUUGGUAUUAACUACAAAAAAGAUGAAAGAGGCAUCAAUCUCAAGUUGAAGAUCGAUAUUGUCAAGUACCAGGAAUUGAAUUGAAGAAAGUAAUUAUUAUAUUGAGCAUUCUGAAAAUAUAACACCUAGAAGCUUCUGGAAUGAUCAGCAAUCUCUUAGUAAAGAUGUGGGC